AGCAAUAUUUUUUACGCGUGUAGACUAUUUUCAAUUCUGCUUCCCCAGUACAGCAAUAUUUACAAAUUUUGAGCAGAUAGAUGUCAUGCUCCCUGUCAUCUGUUUAUUGUAGCUGAGUGGUGAAUGUGGAAAUAUGGCAACAUCCCACAAAGGCACCAGCCGUCUGGAUCGUUUAUUUAUUCUAUUGGAAAAUGGAACAACGUCUACUACAAGAAAAGCUGCAGCAAAACAACUUGGUGAAGUUCAGAAGAAACAUCCGCAUGAACUAAAUAGUUUAUUAGGAAGGUUGAUGACAUACAUACAACACAAAGAAUGGGAUACAAGAAUCGCUGGUGCAGAAGCUAUAAAAUCUGUUGUUGCAGAAGUCCCACUCUGGAAACCGGAACCUUCCUUGAAAAAAGAUCCUGCUUUGAAAGAGGUCCCGAGAGUACAAAAUCGACUUAAAUUUUCUCAGAUAAAUAUUGAGCAAAUUAUGAAUGGGGCUCAACUUUUACUCAGCUCAUCUGGAGAAGAAUUUGAGUCAGUUGAGGAAGAGGGAAUUGAUGCCAGAGAACGAGUUUUGAGGGCGCGAAGGAGAAUAGAAAAAAAAAUGGGACUUACCGUUGGUAAUGGAACAUCAUUAGGCGUUUCAUCAAGCGAUUUAUUCAUAGAUGAGGAUCUCGUUGCACCAGUGGAAUCUUCAACCAAAAUAAAACAGUCUGCAAAUAAACGAAAUAUACAAAAGAAGCCAUGUGGUGAUGUGAUGGCCCAAUUAACUGAAGGAAUGAGCAAUAGAGAGAAAAAUCGUGCAAAAAGAAAAGCAAAAAUAAUGAUGAAACAAAAUUCUAGAGACGGAACCCAGGAGAAUGACAGUCAGCCUCCAAAGAAACGAAAAAAGAAGGUUGAAGUUCAAGAAAACGAAGAAGAAAACAGUUAUGUCAAGCAAGCACCAAAUCAUGAACCAUCACCUGACCUUUGGGAAGAAUGGCCAUUUGAAUGGAUCUGUGAAGAACUUCUCAAUCUUCUAUUCAGUUCAACAUGGGAAUGGAGACACGGUGCGUGCCUGGCAUUACGAGACAUACUCAGUAUUCAUGGAUCAGGAGCAGGAAUUGUCAGAGGAGAUUCUCAAACAGAGAUGGAAGAUCAUAAUAACUUUUGGCUUGAGGAUGCUGCUAUACGAAUGUUAUGUGUAAUGGUACUUGAUCGAUUCGGUGAUUUUGUGUCUGAUCAGGUUGUUGCUCCAGUGAGAGAGUCUUGUGCACAAGCUUUAGGAGUUUUAACACGAUCAUUGAACAUUAAAACUGUGUCAGAAAUUUUGAAUGUAUUGUUGUAUUUGACAAAAACAAGAGAAUGGGAAGUUCGUCAUGCAGGUUUUCUUGGAAUCAAGUAUAUGUUUGCUGCUAGAGAGGAUUUGCAUGAAAAGAAUGUGAGUCAGUGCGUUCCUGCAUUAAUCAAGGGACUUCAAGAUGGAGACGGAGAUGUCAAGAGUGUUUCUGCUGAAGCUUUGACUCCAAUCACAUCUUAUCUGGUUGAAACAGAGUCAGCUGCUGAUAAGUUGUAUCAACUUGUACAAGUGUUAUGCGACUCUCUGCAAGAAUUAGAUGAACUUACUGCUUCUACACAAUCAAUACUAACGCUUCUUUCGAAAAUUGUUUCAUCAAUUUGUUCAUCCAAGUUAAGUCUGUAUAUGAAUUUGCAAGAUACCAUGUCAAAACUUUGGAUUUUUACUCAACACUCAACACCUAGUGUGAGGAAAGCUGCUUUGUUAACCCUCAAUACAUUAUUGAAAAGUCUUCAUUCACAUUCAAAAAUUCCCUGGUUCAAUGUCCUUGCAAUGAAUGGAAUAUGGAGUCUCGCAAAAUGUUGCAUCACAGAAUCUAAUAGGGAAAUACAACUUAUGGUUGUGGAGGUUUGGACGAAGUUUUGCAGCAAGAUACCACAAUUAGUUUUGUGUGAAGCAUGUCAACUAUAUUUCACAACGUUAGUUUCAAUGGCUGCUCAACCUGACACUGCUCCUUUUCCAAAAUCUAUGUUUGCAGCUUCAACUGAACAGGAGGUUUUGAAAGAAGGCGAAACAGAAGAAUUGUUAUAUUAUAUCGGUGGAAUGCCAAGUAAUAAAAGAAAUGAAAAUGAUGAAACAAGAGUUGAAAUUGUUACGAGAACAAGACUGCAAUUUGCAAGAAUGUUGGGAAUUUUAUGUGGAUUUGCUACAAGCACAAAGGAAGCUGACAUCCAGUCGCAAAAUAUAUUACAACAAACGUUUCAUAGUAUUACACAUCAUAUAUUGACGUAUGUAAAUUCAAGAUUCGCAAUACAACGCAUAGUGAUAUGCAUGAUAUUAUCAAGUUGGUGGGAAACUAAGGAAUCUCAACCUUCUCCUGAAAUUUAUAAUUCGCUGCUCAACUCUCUAACAGAAGAUUUAUAUUUUAAUGAGAUUUCUUCAUUGUUUAUUCAAGUGCAAUCAGAAAUUAAAAAUAUUUUCAUGAUGACAUCCAAAUAUUUUCAACAACCAUUGACGUUUCCAAUCAAACCAGUGUAUAGUUUGGAAGAUGCCUUAACGCUUUCCACAGAAUUCGAAUCAAAAUUACAAGAUUCGAACUUCGAUGAUUUGAAAGAAUCACAUCAACGCUUAUUUUUCACUGCUAAUGAAGCGCAACAAGAACAUUAUACUUUACAACGUACUGUGCGUUCUUACGUUUCUCACUGUCUCGUCGUCGCAUCAUUUUCAUCUACUUCUACAACUGUGAAUCAAUCUCUAUCUAUUGUACAUUUGCCUAAAAUGAAUCCAAUCAUAAGACCCUUGAUGGAAGGAUUAAAAAGAGAAGAAAACCAAAUACAUCGUAAUGUAAUAUCAGAAGCACUUACGUAUCUGCUGGAUAUUUGUUCAAAUCGUAAUCCAUGUCCUAACUCUAAACUUAUUCGUAAUUUAUGUCAAUUUUUAAAAGGAGAUUCCGGUAUUUGUCCCGAUUUAUUAAAUCCAACUACUGGUAUUUCAUCUGAGAUUCUGAAUCAAUCUCCGUUUUCCGAAGAUGAUUCAACGAAUAAAAUAAUUAUAACAUUACUGAGAAAUCGUGUUGCUUUAAUCCAAAGUUCAGAAAAUAAAAGAAGGAAACAUUUCUCUCCGAGGCAUGAUAAAAGUUCAAGUUUAGAGAAUGAACCGAAUAUUGCACGAGAUGGAGCAUUAGUUUGUAUGAAGUCUCUCUGCCACCAUUUCAAUGAAAAUAUAUUUGAGACGUUGCCUCAAUUAUGGACAAUGAUUUGCCAACCUCAUGUUGAGGAAAAUCAGAUGAAUGGAGAUGUAGAAAAUGGAGAGAGUGAGGAGAAAUUGAGAGACAAAAUGUUGAGUCUUCUGAUUGUUGAAGCUCUCGCUCCUGUUGUAAAUACUGAUGUAGCGAAGAUGAAAGUUUUAAGUUUGCUUCCUCAAAUGUUCAAUUUAGUUUGGACGUCGUAUUCUUCUGUUAGAUAUGUUUGUAGUAGAUGCCUUUCUGUUCUCGCUAAACGGUUUCCUUCGGAAGUAAUGACAAAACUUGUGGGAGAGUUUCUUCCAUCGAUUGAUUCUUCUGACUUAUAUAAAAGAAUGGGGAUCAUUGAGCUUGUGUCUAAUAUUAUCGACUGUUUGAAGACUGAAAUCCUACCAUACACUGUGCUGCUUAUCGUACCAUUGCUCGGUAGAAUGAGUGAUCAUAAUACACAAGUUCGAUUGAUUGCUACACAAUGUUUUGCGUCUUUAAUCCAGUAUUUACCUGUUGAGGCUAGUGUACCUGAUGCACCUGAUCUACCAUCGGUAUUAGUCGAAAAACGAAAACACGAAAGAAGAUUUUUGGAACAAUUGCUCGAUAGUAGUUCUUUAGAUCAAUAUCCUAUACCUGUUCCUAUCAAUGCAAAGUUGCGAUCUUACCAACAGGAUGGUGUGAAGUGGAUGGCUUUCUUGAACAGGUAUAAAUUACAUGGAGUCUUAUGUGAUGAUAUGGGACUUGGAAAAACUCUUCAAUCAAUUUGCAUUCUGGCAUCAGAUCAUUUCUAUCGUGCUAAAACUUUUCAUGAAACUAAUGAUAGUGCAAGUGCACCUAUUCCCUCUCUUGUGAUUUGCCCUCCAACACUGACCGGUCACUGGGUGGACGAGGUGGAGAGAUUUUGCGGAAAAAGUCAUCUUGAUCCGUUGCAUUAUGUUGGUAAUCCAAGAGAGAGACAGAGGUUACAAACAAAAUUGUCGAAACAUAACCUUGUGAUUGCAUCAUAUGAAGUUGUUCGAAAUGAUGUGGAAUUUUUCAGUAAAUUUGAUUGGAAUUAUUGUAUAUUGGAUGAAGGACAUAUGAUAAGAAAUGGAAAAAGUAAAUUAACUCUUUGUAUAAAAAGUUUGCGUUCUAAUCAUCGACUAAUAUUGACAGGAACUCCAAUCCAAAACAGUGUAUUGGAAUUAUGGUCAUUAUUUGAUUUUCUGAUGCCUGGCUUUCUCGGAUCAGAACAUGAAUUCAAUUGUCGAUAUGGAAAACCAAUCCUCGCAAGUCGUGAUGCAAAAUGUUCUUCAAAAGAGCAAGAAGAAGGUGUGAUGGCAAUGGAAGCUCUUCACAGACAAGUGUUACCAUUUAUGCUUCGUAGAUUGAAAGAAGAUGUUUUACAAGAUCUUCCACCAAAAAUAAUUCAAGAUUAUUACUGUAAUCUCAGCCCAUUACAGGUUCGUCUGUAUGAAGAUUUUGCAAAAACAAAAGCAAAGAAAGAGGUUGACACGUCUAUAACUCAUGUCAGUGCCGAACAAACUCAAGGUUCUCGUGCUAAGCAGACUUCCCACAUAUUUCAAGCGUUACAAUAUCUACAAAAAGUAUGCAAUCAUCCUGCAUUAGUCUUGACUCCAUGUCAUCCAGAAUAUCAACAAGUAAUCAAUGAAUUAGCAAAAGAUAAAUCUUCUCUGCACGAUAUUCAACAUUCAUCGAAGUUAAUGUCAUUGAAACAACUUUUACUCGACUGUGGAAUCGGAGUUCCUACAGACAACAGUAACAACAUAGAUUCAGUUGUUGGACAGCACAGAGCUCUGAUAUUUUGUCAACAUAAAAGUAUGCUGGACAUCGUUGAACAUGAUUUAUUGAGAAAACAUAUGAAAUCUGUUACUUUUAUGAGAUUGGAUGGUUCUGUUGUUGCUGCAAAUCGGCAUCAAAUUGUAUCAAAAUUCAACAAUGAUCCAUCUAUCGAUUUGCUUCUGCUGACAACAAAAGUAGGAGGUUUGGGUUUGAAUCUCACUGGAGCUGAUACUGUUAUAUUUAUUGAACAUGACUGGAAUCCUACAGUUGAUUUACAGGCGAUGGAUCGUGCACAUCGUAUUGGACAGAAACGGGUUGUUAACGUUUAUCGAUUAAUUACUCGAGCAACACUCGAAGAAAAAAUACUUGGAUUACAACAAUUCAAAUUGAAUAUUGCGAACACGGUGAUCAGCACAGAAAAUAGUAGUUUGCACAGUAUGGGAACAAAUCAAGUGUUAGAUUUAUUCACUAUUGAAAAGGGAGCUGAAAAGAAGAAAAUUCGUGAAAAAGAUUCUUCUGGUAAAGGAUUGCGAACUCUCAUGGAUGACAUUGGUGAUUUAUGGGAUCAAAAUCAAUACGAUACUGAAUAUAAUUUAGAUAAUUUCAUGGAAUCUCUUGUUUCAUAAUAAAAACCACUGCUCCAUACAUUUCCUAUUUUCCAGUUAGAAUGUAUUUUCUGUCUUACUCAUGAAACAUAUUGUGUGGCUCAUAUAUGGAGAAACAAAAAUAAUACUCAGUUCUAUAUGAUUUCAUGUUACUUACUUCUCAGUGAAUUUCCAUUGUCUUGAAACUUAAUGUUACCCGAAUAGGGCCGGCCCCGUACUUCCCUAUGCCCCACACUGAUUCUAGGUGUAAAUUAUUAAAUUUAACCAAUAUAAAUCAUAAUCAUGUAUAAGUCAGCAUGUUUAUUUGGGCGUGCAAGUCUGUUGAAGUAAAAUUUUUGUACUUAGUCAAAGGGUAACAAGAUGAAAAUGUCCAAUUUCUUAGUCGCAGAUAGGUCCCGCAAAAUAAGUUCGGGCUGGCCAUGUACGCAAAGGCUCGUGAUGCAACAUAUUUUUCAGUGUUCCAUAUUUCCGAUUCUAGCAAUGAUGUCAACAAUAUUGAAUAU